CUGUAAGGUAGGGGUAGCAAUGUCGAGUAUAUAAAAUCAAGUAGUAUUCGUCUUAAUCAUAAACACUCAGUAACAAGUGCAAGUGUAAGAUGAACAUUUUACCAAUCUUUAUCCUUAUAAGUUUUUGCUGGGUCAGUGCUCGAACCCAAGCACUGCCUGUGAAUGAAUUGGAGAAUUCACCUUCGAAUCCACCAGCUGAAAGUGGCUCUAACGAACUUCACGUUCGACAGAAAAGAACAUUAUUCCUUAAAAAAAAGCUUAUUGGUGCGGGACUAUUGGGACUUGGUCUUGGACUUGCUAAAGGAUAUAAAGCUGGUUAUCAUCACUCACCAGAAGUUCAUCACGUUUACGUUGCCGCUCCACCCCCCAUAAGAUAUGUCGAGUACGUUGAAAAACCAGUAUUCGUAGAGAAAAUAGUGGAAAGACCAGUAGCGAAGUCAUAUCUUGAGUACGACAAACACUGGUCGCCACAACAUGAACCAUUAUCCAUUUACGGAUAUCCGUAAUUUUUUAGAGAAAUAGAUUUUAAGAACUGAUCAGUUUCUUUUUAUACUCGUUGUUGAAAUUUUUUUUUAAAUCUUAGGUGUUGAGAUAUACUUCAACAUUUUACAUAUACUAAUAUUACUGUUAAAAUGAAUUUUUUAUAAGUUAAGUUGUAUAUCAUUAGAGAAAGAUGGAAAUUAUGUUAAGUGUUGAAAAAAAAAAUGUUACAAUAAAAAUAUAAUUAAAAAUCA